AGGGGAGGGGAGCUGCGGCUUGGGAUUGGCUGCUCAGGGUGAGGCCGGGGCGUGGCAGGGCAGGGUUCCUUCAGUGCUGCAGCCAGUGUGGAGAGUGGAGCUGCUGAGCACCGGCUGAUCCGAGUUCUCUGGCCUGGCGCGCUUCACUGCAGCUCCUUGAGAUUUCUCCGCAAGCUCAGCCUCAGAGCGCCGGCGCGGCUGCUGCGUCCCGCCCCAGCCCAUGGCCGGGGUGCAGGGCGCGGCUGAGCAGGAGCUGUAGGGGGGGGGGACCCCGUCCAGAAGCCACUGUAGCAGCCAAGAUGGGUACGGUGCUGUCGCUGUCUCCCGGCGCGCCGGGGAAGGGCGGCGGCGGGGUCCUGGCCGAAAAGACGGCGCCAGGCAGGGCGCACGGCAAAGGCGAAAGCCGCUUGAAACGGCCCGGCGUGCUGAUCUCCGCCCUCACCUGGAAGCGCCUGGUGGCCGCCUCGGCCAAGAAGAAGAAAAACGCCAAAAAGGUGACGCCCAAGCCGGGCUCCGGCGGCGCGCCCGACCCCUUGGUGCAGCAGCGCAACCGCGAGAACGUGCGCAAGUCCCAGCCGGAGGGGACCAAGCAGGGCCCCUUGGCCGUCCCGGUGCCCACCUUGCCCGCCUCCGCCCAAGAGGGCGGGAAGCCGCCGCCGCCCAGCAACCGCGCGGCUGCCGGCUCUCCGCGCCGGGUGAUCGUGCAGGCUUCCACCGGCGAGCUGCUCCGCUGCUUGGGGGACUUCGUGUGCCGCCGCUGCUACCGGCUCAAGGAACUGAGCCCCGGUGAGGUCAUCGGCUGGUUCCGCAGCGUGGACCGCUCGCUUCUGCUCCAGGGCUGGCAGGACCAAGGCUUCAUCACGCCGGCCAACCUCGUUUUCGUCUACUUGCUGUGCCGCGAGGCGCUGCAGGGCGAUCAGAUCGGCAGCCCAGCCGAGCUGCAGGCCUCCUUCCUCACCUGCCUCUACCUGGCCUACUCCUACAUGGGCAAUGAAAUCUCCUACCCGCUCAAGCCCUUUCUGGUGGAGGGCGACAAGGAGCGCUUUUGGGACCGCUGCCUUGCCAUCAUCCAAGGCCUCAGCGCCAAGAUGCUGCAGAUCAACUCCGACCCGCACUUCUUCACGCAGGUCUUCCAGGACCUCAAGAACGAAAGCGAGCCCCCCCCCACAAAGGACUCCAGCUCCAACAAACACUGGACUAUAAGCCUGGACCGCUAGGAGAGCCCCGAGGACCCUCCCCCUAGCCAUCUCCCUCCACCUUUCCAGAUGCCUUGCUCCUUCCUCCACCUCCUGCCCCAAGCUAUUCUUCACCGGGAUUCCACGGGGACAAUAAGACUCUAGGGAUCAGGAUUGGGGAGUUGCCAGGGGCAUAUCCUUUUACUCCCCCCAACAUACCCGCCAAGGAGCUACUACCCACUCCACCCAUGAGCCAAUCAGGAGGGUUUGGGUGGGUAGGUGGACUUGGUGGAGUCCCCUCUUUCCACACUCCAUCUUGUGGGCCACACCUAAAAUUGCAUCAGCCCCUUCCCACAAUUGUGGCAUCUGAAUAUUUUUUUUGGGUGUGUGUGUGUGAUGGUUUCUGGUCCAUGAUGUCCUGUUACCUUUCCAAUAUAAGCAGAAUCUGCCCCAUCUUUGUUACUUUAUCCCAGCAAGGUGCCACAGGCUGGGAGAGCUUUAGGCCUUGUGUGUGCCUCUUGGGAGGGAGGGACUGUUUCCUCCUCCUUCCAGAUGGGGAGAAUUCAUAGACUAAUGACAAUUAAUUUAUUGACAAGGCUCUGUCUUGUGCAGGAGAAAGCAGCUGCUAUGACCUCACCUAUGGAAGCCCCAACACUGUGUCCAUGGUUUUGGAUCUUUUUGCUGCUACUGUGAAUCACAGUACAGCCAGGGCAUUCUGUCUUGUAAUGUUUCUUUUCUUGUCCAAUGAAGCAAUUCCUGCAUGUCUUUGUCCUUCCUGCUGUUUGAUGGCGCUGCCAUAGUGGUUGUUCUACUAAGUAGAUGAUGGUUAUAUACUUCUACUCUCUGCCUCUGCAAAGUCAAAUGCCUUUCAAUAUUUCUUCCCCUCUUCUUCUUAGCUUGGGGGGUGGGGAGAGGGGUGUGACCAUUCCCAACAUUGCAAUGAAGUGCUGGAGAAGCUGCACUGCUAUCCUUCAAUGGCCCUUGUUUGACCCAUUCUCUCCCUGCCUCCUCCCCUCCCAACAUCCCUUCCCAUCUGAAGCAGAGGCUGGGAGCUGUCCAGGGUGCUAGCCACUUAGACCAACAUACAUUUGCACAUUCUCGAAGCUGAAAACAAGCUGUCUCAUGGUGUUUGAAUGUAACAGAACAAUGUUUGACUUACAGGAUGUCUGUGCCAAUGUUGCUCAAAUGUACAAUAACAUAUUGUUUUAUAUUGUAUAUUUAAAAGAGAUAAAUUAAGGGGUCGAAGCGGAACUUUGGAAUCAUUUGGUCAUUGGGAACUACAGACUUAUGGGGAGAGGAAGGCAGGAAUGGACUGUUGAAGCAGGGAGGAGGAAAGAAAGGGAAGGCCAUUUAUGUUGGGGGUUUAUGGUCAACAUCAAUGGUGCAUUAGUCCUUGGCCUGUUGAUUUCCUAAAUGGCUGUGUUGGCAGGAGAUCCCAGACUUGCUAAUGGGAUUUGAUAUUGAACUGUGGUUCGUCUUAUUCCAGAGUCCUUUUUGAUGAGGACACACUGUGUGUUCUUGAGAUCUUGCCUGACAAAUCUCAGUCAAAAGCUUCUUUUUUAAAAAAAGGAAAUAGCAUAUUGUCCAAUUAAAAUGUCUGCAAAUGUACAGAAAGAUAAAGCUACACAUUGCACAUGUGUUUGCAUGUGUAUGCAGAAUUGAAAAAGAAAGAAUCUGUGACUGAGAUCUUUUUAAUAGACAAGGUGGGAAUUGAUUGAAUGUCUUAACUUUUAUUUGUUGACAGCUGUAAGAGCAAUCCUGAAUGUCCCCUGCUGACCAAAUAGCUUGGCUGUCAUGUAUCAAAAUGCAGCUAACAAAAAAUGCUGCAUAUAUUAAGAGCACAUUGUUAGUUUAUUGUGCACUUCUUCCAGACAGGAAGUCUGUUUACAGACUGUCAUUCUUAAUGCUCAGUCCUCUGAAGAAUGCUGAUGGGCAACAGCUUAUGCUGUGCAUUAUAUUCCCUUAAUUAUAUUAGUUUAGGAUGGCAGACUUAAUGCAAUCUUAUUCCUUCCAUCUCCUCACCACCAUCUAGAGUGUUUUGUUUACCAUUUUCAUCUGUACUUGAAUCUUCAUCAAAAUGCCAUGAUGAUAUUGUAUAAAAAAUUGUACCACAGCCUCUCAAUACUGAUUUAAAAAAAAGGCUGGAUGAAAAAAAUCUUUGCGUGAGCUGUUCAAGGUGCUGAAUACUGAUGGCUAGUUCUGUUGCCUCUCUCUCCCCCCUCCCGAUUUUUGUUUAAAUGUCUGAAUGGAGGGUGUUUAAAAAUCAGCUAACCAUGCUACUUCGAUUAUCAAAACACCCCUGCAGAUAUCAGAAACACUGAUACUAUGAACUCGGAGGGAGAAAAUCUCUGUUUAUUAGAGUUUGCUGCCCAUCUGGGUUGCAGAUGUGACUACAGAAAACUGUAGAUUCUUAUUGCGGUGGGCAAGUCAAUGGCAGCUGUAUUAACUGGGCUAGGAAUUGAUAUACUGAUUUUGAAUUGGAAAUAGAACAAAUUAAAUGCAUUUUGAUCCCAGAUUUGCAACAUGCAUCUGGAUCUGAUGAGCCAAUAAUUUUUUAUGGACUGUGUAUGUGAGGAAUUCACAAGGGAGGGCCACAGUAUUGCCUUUUGGUCUAACAGGAGAAGUAUGACUAGGUGAGCCAAAGCUGUCUUUUUUGUGUGUGAUGAAGUCAACAUGGUCUUCAGAACUCUGGGAAAAAAUUUUUUUCUAAUAUAAAAGAUGCCUCCCUAUUCUGAGUGAUACAAUAUUUGACAUCCAAAUUUUGCCUUUCUGGCACAGGAUAAUUCAAAGAUUCAGUGAAUAUAUAAUGGCAAUUUUGUGCCCAAAGCAUCUUCUGACUACCUACAACAGAGGUAGCCAAUCUGGGGUCCUCCAGCUAUCGUAGAACCCUUGGCCCCGGCCAUCAGGGAUGGUGAGAAUUGCAGUCCAACAUCAGAAAGAUUGGCUGCCUGUGGUCUGCAGUCACAAUUACUGCCUCAAACUAGAUGAUCCCAAAUGUUAUAAACAUGUAUCAUAGCAAAAGUUGGAUUUCAUAAUUAUGAAUAAUUAAUAAUAAUGUACUUCAUAAUUAA